GAAUCCGAUGGCUGCUUACAUUGGAGCAUGAAACCACCAUCCGGCUGCCUUUCUCCCAUAUUUUGUUGUUAUCAUGGGCGUCUCUCGCUCUGCAAAGAUUACGACUCUUCUGCUCAUUGAUAUCGCCUUUUUCUUCGUCGAACUUGUUGUCGGAUAUGCCGUUGGGUCUCUUGCACUGGUCGCAGACAGCUUCCAUAUGCUCAAUGAUGUCAUGAGCCUCGUUGUCGCCCUUUACGCUAUCAAAUUGACUGCGCAAACCGAUCCGGAUUCGCGGUAUUCUUACGGUUGGCACAGAGCGGAAAUACUCGCAGCGCUCGUCAAUGGCGUAUUUUUGCUCGCUCUCUGCUUCUCUAUCUCUCUGGAAGCUUUUGAACGGUUCUUUAGCACUCCAGAGAUAUCGAAUCCUCGAUUGGUGGUCACAGUCGGGUCUCUUGGCCUAGCGUCCAAUGUGCUUGGCCUGUUCCUGUUCCACGAACACGGCCAUUCUCAUGAUACCCCGCCACCUUCCACCCUAAACGGUGCCCUUGUUGCGCCCGGUGACGUCACUCCUACACAAAAAAUCUCAAUUCGUCGUCAGUCUCGGUCCAGAUCACGCUCCCUAUCACAAGAUUCCUUCUCAUCCAUGUAUGGACAUCCCGCCGCCACACGCGCCUCUCUCGUUAAGACGGCACAAGAAAUGGCAGCCAGGUCUCCUUCCCCAACUCGAAUUCAUCGAGAAAGUCCAUCGCUAUCAAGGUCACUGGACGCAGGUUCGCUUGCUAGUCGACAUGUCAGUGUUCUGUCUCCCGACCACGCCACAGAAGAGGAUUCGGAUACCCUUCCUGUCUCUGGUGAAAACACACCCUUGUUAAGCCAUACUCAUCAAGAUUGUGGCGUGUCGAGUGGUAACCAACACGACAACCAACAUUCCCAUGGUCAUUCCCAUGGUUCUAUGAAUAUGCGCGCAUUGGUUCUUCACGUCCUUGGUGAUGCGCUGGGAAAUGUUGGAGUCAUAGCAACUGGCUUGAUAAUCUGGCUCACUUCUUGGAGCUUCAAGUAUUACUUUGAUCCUAUAAUCAGUUUGGUUAUAACCGUAAUCAUAUUCUCUUCAGCUUUACCUCUAGUGCGCAGCGCGUCCUUUAUACUGCUUCAAGGUGUACCAUCAACCAUCUCUCUUGAUGACGUUCGUGAUUCGAUCUUGAAUGUCGAGGGGGUGCUUUCGCUUCAUGAAUUGCAUGUUUGGCAGCUGUCAGAGACCAAAAUCAUUGCCUCUGUACAUGUUCUUGCCUCUAGGAACCAUGACUUCAUGCCUGUAGCGGCAAAAAUACGCGAGGCACUCCAUCAUCACGGAAUUCAUUCCAGUACGAUACAGCCCGAAUAUCUCAAACAUACUCGGCCUGAAGAACUGUACAAAACGUCUACGUCUUGUCUCAUUCUAUGCCCACCAGACCAAGAAUGCAAUCCUCAGGAAAAUUCAUGUUGCCCCCCUUCUGUCGGAGAGGUUUAAAUUUCACAUCGCAUCUCUUAUGAUACAAGAU